AUGGUGUAUGCAACUGAGAGCGAAUUUCUGGGAGAGGGUCGAGAAUGUGUAAACUGUGGCGCCAUCUCUACGCCAUUAUGGCGAAGAGAUGGAACAGGUCAUUAUUUGUGUAACGCAUGUGGACUUUAUCACAAAAUGAACGGCAUCAACCGGCCGUUGAUCAAGAACCAGAGACGCCUAUCAGCUUCUCGCCGAGUUGGGCUGGCUUGUUCUAAUUGUCGUACAAACACUACCUCCCUCUGGCGACGGAACAGUUCAGGAGAACCUGUAUGCAAUGCAUGUGGACUCUACUACAAACUUCAUGGGGUGAACCGACCACUGGCUAUGAAAAAGGACAGCAUUCAAACAAGAAAGCGAAAACCCAAAACCAGUGUUAGUAAACCUGGAGAAGUGUCCUGUAUCCCUGCUACCUCUGGUAAUUCUAUAUCCUUCAAGCAAAACGAUACUAUGGGUAAGUACUCUCGCAAUUGCAUCAAUAUAUAUUGUUAA